GCCGCGUAGUCAUUGCUCGGUGUCUAACUUGACGGUGGUCCACUGUGUGUCUCCUGAAUGAAUGACAUCAUGCGGACUGCUCUCUGUCUCCAUCUGCGACAUGACACCGUCAGACAUUAACGGUGUAGAGUGAUGCAGCAGAAGUUGUGUUCCAGAGGUUCUGGUUCUUUCCUCUUAGAGAGGAACGGCCAGGCCUGUGGCGCCGUCACCGUCACCUCCUGCGACCUCCCCUUCCGCUGCCCCCGCUGUGGCGAGCAGGAGCGCUUCCGCAGCCUGGCCUCGCUCCGUGCCCACCUGGAGUACCGCCACUCGUACCGCUCGCCAGACGUGAUUACUGGUGGCUUCAGCAUCACCGGUAAACUCCCCGACCCGUUGACGGCGGCGAUCCCCUGGCACGACAUGAGCCUCCCGACCCGCCGGGGGCAGCAGAGCACGGGGCGACCACCUCACGUCCGCUCCCUCAGUGACAGCAGAGACAGCAGUUACCUCCACUCCUACAGCUCUGUGAGGAGACGCACCCAGAGUGUCGGGGUGGGGACGCAGGCUGAGGAUGAGGAGGAAGAAGAAGGUGGGACAGAAGAUGAAGAUGUGGGAGAAGAGGAGGAGGAGGAGGAGGAGGAAGGUGAAGACAGACAUGGAGGUAGAAAUGAGGAGGAUAUCAAAAUGUCCGUCAAAAAGUCGGACGCAGUUCACCAUCACCUCAACCACCAUCAUCUGCCGUUCCCUAUUCCAGCUCCUCUUGGCCCCCCUUUAGACCCAGAACUGGACCUAGACCUGGACCUGGUUGAGCAGAACUCGUACUCUGGUCUGGAGACGGCGGCAGCCACGGCCGCAGUGCGUCGGCGACUUGCCAGCAUCCUUCGAGCAGCAGACAGCACCAUGCAGCGCCGGCUGGCCAAGGUGAGCACGGAGCUCGCCCAGACCGACACGGAGCUCCUGUGCGAGCGCGCUCACUCGCAGCACCUGGCCCAGGAGAGGCAGGAAGUUGCGGAGAGGGAAAGGUCGCUGAGCCGACAGGUGGACGUCGCUGUCAUGGUGAUCGCCGCGUUGAGGGAGCAGCUUAACGCCUCGGAGAAUGAGCUGGAACGACGAGAGAGGGAGGUGAUAACCAUCCAGAAGUUUCUGGAAGCAGCAGCUCGGCAGGAGACGUGUGGUAAAGUUCGAAUCCAGCGCUUCAUCGAGAAUCUGCUGAGACGCAUCGCUCUAGCCGAGAGACUGGUGGAGUAUUACCAGGUUAAUGGCAGCCCGCAACAGUGCAACCACUAUAAGCACCAGCAGCCAACUGAUAAUGGACCUCACAGAAUCACUAAAAGCAGGUCAGCGGGAGGUCAGCUCUCCUCGUCUGGUCUCCACGACAGCAGAACCCACUCUUCCUCCAAGUUUGGCAGCCGUCCUCUGUUCUCCAAACCGGGCAGAGAGCGAGACCGGGAGCUGGAGCACCGGGAGCGGCUGGCCCAGUCGUCCAGGCUGUUCUGCCGACCUGAACACAGAGACGACAUCUGGAACCACCAGCGCCGCCGGUCCGCCGGGUACGAGACGUAGAACUGUAGAGAAACACCAGGGAGAGGGGGUGUCAAAGGGUAAAACUUUAUAUAAGCGAUAACUUUAUUCCAGUGUGUUAACCUAUGGAAAAGUACUGCGAGCUCACAUUCACAACCAGCUUCUUUAAAGCAGUUAACUCAGAGGUGUUUCCUGCUUCUGUAUAAUCAUUUCAAACAAUACACUGCGGUAAAUGUAAAUCUCCUCCGAUGCUCUUAUACAGCUAGAAGAGUGCAGACAAACCUUUUAUGCUUAAAUCAUUUGUUGUUUUGACUAAAAUAUCUAACUUUUCUGGACAGCAAUAACUUCUGAGUCAUGGUGACAUUUUUGAAAUGGCAUUUUUCAAUUUCUUAGUAGGUGAUGAUUAAAGCAGGAACAGGAAGUAGUUGUUUAUAAAAUCUUAUUUUGACAUGAAAAUGUUUGAACCUCUGUAAAUUCAGACUAAAUGUAAGUGAGUUUCCUGCAUAUAUUGUGCAGGAGGGUAUAAACUUAGAAACUUGAUUGGCAAAUUGUAUUCGUUAAUUAAUAGUUAAGAAUGAAAAGAAUCCAACACAUUUUAGUUUUUAAAAAAAAGGGUUUUUUGCAGAAUUUCCUAGAAACUUUGCAUAUUAUGUGAAAUAAUUUUACAGAUGUUAAAUUAAAUGUUUGUAUAGCAUUGUAUAGCGGAAUUAUGCUUCCAUAGCAAUUUGUAUGAAAUUAUUUUUAUAAUUCAAAGUAACAAAACCAUAGAACAUAAGAGACGAGAUUACACUAAAGUAUGAAUCAAUAACUCUUUUAUGUCGGCUGCAGAUCCCAAUGAGAAUGACUACAAACACUAGUGCAAAAGUAACUUUACCAAUAGCUUCAAAUUGAAGAAAUCACAUUACACUUCACAGUAACUAUUACUGCAUAACAGGGUUUAAGAACAUAAUAAUGCAAUAACAAAUAUUAUUGCAUGACCACAGUGGCGUUGCAUUGUAUUGAAGAUUUUGUAUUGGUAACGCUGUGUUAUUGCAUAUAACACAGUUCUUUUCCAUAGAUUACCAUACUGCAAUAGACCAUUAUAAAGGUACUGGGUGCUUUUUCGGGAUGUAAACAUUCAGUAUUCAAACGUAUAAAUGAAUGAUAGCUUCUAGUCUUUUGUUUCAUUUGUCAGCACAAAUCAUAAUAUUUAGUAAAGUAUAACAGGUAAUCUCAGUCUUUAGUGAUACUUCCAUUCUGAAUCAUCUCUGUAUUUUAGAGAAACUUCAGGUAAAAAUGUGCUUUUGUAUUCAUCUACUGAUUUGAUUACAGUUGAGGUCAGAUCAUGGAAGCAAGUUGAAUUUUGAAGAGAGUCUUCUUCCUGAAUCUGAUGGAAUGAGGAUAAAUAGUUCCCAGUGAUGUUGAUGACACGUCCUCUCCUCUGGUUGAACCUUUACAUCCCGGCCCGGUUCCCCAAAAGGUCCACAUCAGUCCAGUUAUCUUGACUCUGUCUGUGCUUUGAAGGCCAAACGGCAGCGAUCACUGCCUGUGAUCAUCUUGAUAGCUGACGUAGGUCGUCAAUCGACUGUUCGCUGAAACCCUCCACCAAACAGGCACUGUCCAAUCCUAGCUUAGCAACCAGAGCUAAGCCUUGAAGCUUUUAAAAACCUUUUCUCUUGUGAUGUUCAUAAGCUAACAGUGUUUCUUUAUGGGAACUGUUAGCUUAAGCCCCAGUCUUUCAGCAUGCAUGUAGCCAUCAAGCGUCUAUUAAAACGAGUCAGUUUGAAGCAUUAAAAGGUCAGCCGGAGACUGCGGUUUCAACCAACUCAUGGAGUCAAAGUUAGCUUAAUUAGCUUGCUAGCUGCAGCUGAUAAAAUCUGCCAGCAACAGUUUCAUUUUAGCCGACAAAAUCACCAUUUCCCGGUAAGAAAUGAAGAGCCUGCUCUUGUCUACCUCUGUCUGAAAUCAUGAACCCAUCGUUUGGAAACAUUUUGAAUGGUAAAUCUGUCCUUAUCCUUGUAAGCUCCAUAUAUACUGCACAAACAUCCAACCUGCACUAUCUGCACCCCCACCAGCAUCCCCCUGUAGGGGCGGUUACAGGGUUCAUCCUCACAGAUGGAGUCUGUUCCUCUUCAGGCAGGUCAGGCAGACGCCUCUGUAGCCACUAGACUCUCUCUUAAGACUCCUAGUGUCGUUUUUUGCAGCUGUAUAGCAUUUUUUGAUUCAAAUUUGGUCCCGCUGCGAGGGGGAACCCAUGGUCGUAUUUGGGUGCUUCUGUUCCCAUCAGAAAUGCAAUAUCUGGCCAAUGAUAAUAGUGAAAUAGUUUAGUUAUAAUUGAUUUAGAUUAGAAUUUCAAAACAGAUAACAAACAAAACUGUCGCUCCCAUCCUCCACUCAUACUGUCACACACGCACACCAAAGCUGAACCUGUUCAUCUUUGGUGGCUUUUGAAACAGUAGCUGUAAUUGUUAUUAAUUGCUGUAGAUAUAAUGGUAAUGAGUAAUCUCAUCCAUUGAGAACAUUUUAUUUUGAUUGAGUUGUUGUUGUUCUGCCCUCACAGCUCUGGUUUGGUUCGUAAAGCACAGACAGGAGUUUGAUGACACCAGACCUGAGUCAAAUGAACUUUGCAUAUAAUUCUUGGCUUUAGUUUGUGGAGGUGUCACUACAUUAGGACCAAUCCAGUUACUGUCCGCUGUUUGUACAUAGAGAGAAACAUUAGAUAUAUAGACUUGGAAAUACUUUAUUGUGAUUUUUACUUUUUCUGGCAGUCUUGGUCUUAUGUUGCCAAUCAGCCACCAAUCUGCUACCAAAGCAGUAUUAAACCAGGGAUGUUGUGGAGGGUAAGCCCAGAUACACUUUUUUUUGUCAUGUAGAAUAUGGCACCUUUUUUUAAAGUGCAACAUUUUUUGGUGGUAAGCUUGUUUUCUGUCAGAUGAGAAGAUGGAUAUCAGAUUUAUCUCUGUCGUACAUGUGUUUGCCUAGCUUAGCACAAAGACUAGAGAGCCAAUUGUGGAUUCAUCCGCCGCUGAAAAUAGUCCACAACAAAUGCACUAUUUCCUCCUGUCUGUUAAAAACUACAGUGAGCAGCUUUUGGGAAAUUACUGAGCCUUUUUUAUUCAUGAAACUAUAUGUUUGAGGGGUGUUUUUUAAAGUUUCUCAACUCCAACCAGCAGGCUUGAAUCUGAGAGCCACAGACAGGAAGUCAGAAAGUAUUGAGAAAGGGUCUUUUUGUGGAAUUUGUUGACAAUAACAAAAACAUAGAAUUACAUCAGACCUAUUCUUUAAUUAUACAGCAUGUCAAUAAAACAGGUUUGGAGUUAUUUGGAAGGUUUUUUCACUUUUGGUGGAGCCAGGCAGGUUACCCUGCUUCCAGUCUUUGGGAAACUGCAUAUUUUACCCUCCACUACAUCACCGGAUAAAACCAGCCACGUACAUGCAGGUUCAGUUUGGCCCAGGUCUGGAGGACCCCACACAUAUAACGAAUGUACUCUUGAGUUAACGUAUAGCUCACACUGAAGAGAUGCCGUGUUUUAAGACCUAACUUUUGUCUCGUCGUUCAGGCUUAAACUGGCACUCAUUCACACAGAAACGGGUGGAGAUUCUCCGAUCACAAAUAUAUGACGUCGUAUCAACGCUUUCAUCCAAAGUGACUUACAGUGCCGUGAAUGCAUACAGUACCUUUGCAGUAUACUAAACAGCUCAUGACGGCUUGUUUAAUAGAAUCAUUCCUGUCUCUGCAUCAUUCUGUACGAUCUGUUUACACGUCAUUUUUGCACUCAUCCAAUGAUAAGAAUGUAUAUGUAAAAGACGGUAUUCGGUGUAAAAUGUAUCUUUGCUGUCGGUGGUUUAGGUUUUGUUGACAGUGGUGAUAGAUAUUUUGUAUACAAAGCUAUUCUGUGUCGUCAAGUGGAAGUAGUAGUCCUACAGUACUUUAACUUGGCAGGGCAUUUAUCUGGGUCCCAAACACAAAACAUGUCUUUUUACUUUUCAACAGGGUGACUGACUGCAGGUCCUAGAAAGGUCCCUGAAAUGAUGUUAUGUAUAUAUCAUAUUAUAUAUUGUGUUUUUUUUUUAUAUAUAUAGUUGUUUCAAGUUAGUUGAUUUUAGUGAUUUAAAUAGUCAAAUUUAUAAUUGGCAUUUAAUAAGUUCAUAAUUAAAUCUUAGUGAACAGAGCUUUCGGGCACCUUUUCAAAGACCUGACUAGCAGUUGUGUCAAUUAUGAUUUAUUCCAAAGUUAUUGGAAGUUGCCAAUUUUUAAGCCAAAUGUUUUCCUGUAUUUUCUUUCAUCAGUUGAACAAACCCGAUCAGACUGAUAUGUAACAGUUUCAGUGAAUACCUGAUUCUGUUUUACAGGCUAAAAAGCAUUAGCCUCCUGUCGUUUUGAUGCCUUCAUGGGCCCUGAGGGUAAACGUGAAUUUUGUCACGUUCACUCUCCACUGCUUCUUACCACAUGAAAACACGAUCCAGAUAAAUUUGGACAAACUGCCCACUGAGUAUUCCAGAGAUCCACAUGUGAUCAGACGUCUGAGUCCUUUAGCACUUUGUGAGUUUUGGCACUGGUGAGCGUUACUGCUGCUGUCAACUAAAAACCCUGUUUGUUCAGGGCUCAACAAUAAGGAUUGCCUGGUGCUAGUAAAUCUAGCAACUCACUUGCCCUAAAAAAAGACACAUUGUUUCAUGAGCUGAAGCGCCAGUGUGCAUGUGGGCCACCUGGCAAGUAAAGAAAAACAUGAAUGCUGAACCUUGUUGUCUUUGGCUUUCACUAAUUGAAAGAACCAAGAACCGAUAUACGUAUAUGUGUAUCAGCAGCAUGAAAGCUUUUGGGCCCUUGGGUCUCAAACCCUGAUCGAUCACUGAUCCCACCAACAAUCAGAUUGGGGUUUUUAUGCGAACAGCAGCAUGACUGUUGAAAGACUUGCGUGUGUGUUUGGAGGAGUGUGCACAGUGCUUCAGGUUUGUCUCUGUUGUACUGCUUCCUGUUGUAUGUCAUUGGAAGGUGGUGGAAGAUGCAUGAGACAGCCCUACUACUACUACUACUACUACAUAUGUAGCUAUUGUGUUACUGUGAAAGCAUGCUUCAUAUGUAGCAAAAAAAAGUACUUAUAAAAUACUGUUAUCUUGUACUACUAUGUGUACUUUUGUAGCAGAGCGAGGUCUAUUUUAUUGGUACAGUCUUUGAAGGAAAGUUGCACUAAACCAACCCAGAGCACUUCGCUCGGAUCUGUCGGAUUUCAUAUGAAGGGAGUGUUGUAUACUGGACAAUCAGCAGGGUUAAUGCACAGGUCUGGAAAAUAAAUUUAAUUACUUCUGUGUUUUCAAAUGUUUCGGGAAAAUGUGCAAGAGACAGAAAGAGAAAAAAAGCUUGAGAAGUGGGUAAAAACAUAACCGAACAAGUAUUCUAACUGUUAGUUUGAUUAUGACACUACUACCUUUCUUGCCGUGAGUCGGUAGAGAUAAAGUUAGUUUUAUGUUGUGUAAAACCAAGUUUGAUAUCCUUGGGUUCAUCAUGUUUGUCUGUAGGGAUUUCGUUUGCAGAAGUAAUCUCUAGUUUUGUGCCUUCACUCAAAAACUCUGUAGUCUGUAUAACACUGUGCAAAAUGCAAUACUGUGAAGAACUGGAAUACUUUUUAUGUUGAAACUUGUCGGUCUGUGUGAUAACCAUCGAAGAUUAAAGAACAAACAUGACACCAAGA